UCAAUUCCCCGCGCCUGUCGACUCGUGAUCAUUCAUUCGUAAUCACCAUCUCCAUCUCGAAAAGCCCUUUGCCGUAUAACAAUGGAAUCCUCUUGUUGCAGCAGCUCCGUCACGGCAGGUUGAGCACCGUAUUCGUCUCCUAUACUCACUCUCCUUCGGUCGCGAGUCUGGCAAACUCCCUCGCGCCUGCUUCCCCCGUUAUACUUCUUUGCCGUUACUCACAAACCUCCGCACAACCAAUCCAUCACCCGUCCAACACCACGCGAGAAAAAUGGCCGCGAAAGCAGGGCUCCCCGCCGACUUCGAAUGGGGGUUCGCGACGGCUGCCUACCAGAUCGAAGGCGCCGUCGCAGAAGACGGCCGCGGCAAGUCCAUCUGGGACACCUUCUGCCACCUCGAGCCCACGCGCACAAAGGGCGCCGACGGCGACGUCGCCUGCAACCACUACCACCGCUUCGAGGAGGACUUUGACCUCCUCACGAGGUACGGCGCCAAAGCGUACCGCUUCUCCAUAUCGUGGUCGCGCCUCAUCCCCCUCGGCGGGCGGGACGACCCCGUCAACGAAGCGGGCAUCGCCUUCUACAACCGCCUCAUCGACGCGCUCCUCAAGAGGGGCAUCACGCCGUGGGUGACGCUGUACCACUGGGACCUGCCGCAGGGGCUCCACGAUCGGUACGGCGGGUGGCUCGACGUCGAGGAGUCGCAGAAAGACUUUGAGCGCUACGCGCGCCUCUGCUACGAGAGAUUCGGCGACAGGGUGAAGAACUGGAUCACGCUCAACGAGCCUUGGAUCCAGUCCAUCUUUGGCUACUCUACCGGCGGCAAUGCUCCCGGACGGAGCAGCACAAACGAGCAGAGCGCCGAGGGCGACAGCACCACGGAGCCCUGGAUCGUCGGCAAGGCCCUCAUCAUGAGCCACGCGCGUGCCGUGGCGGCGUACAACCAGGACUUCAGAGACACGCAGCAGGGCCAGAUUGGCAUCUCUCUCAACGGCGACUUCUACGAGCCAUGGGACCCCGAGGACGAGCGCGACCACGCCGCCGCGGAGCGACGGAUGCAGUUUCACAUUGGCUGGUUCGCCAACCCCAUUUUCCUCAAGGAAGACUAUCCCGCGUGUAUGCGCGAACAGCUCGGCGCCCGACUACCCGCCUUCACGGCCGACGACUUCACCGUGCUGCGCGCCGCGGAGACCGACUUCUACGGCAUGAACUACUACACGUCGCAGUUUGCGCGACACCGUGACGGGCCGCCCUCGCCGACCGACUACGUGGGCCACGUGGACGAGCUGCAGCAGGACAAGGCCGGCACGCCCGUCGGCGAGGAGAGCGGCCUGCACUGGCUGCGCUCGUGCCCGGGCAUGUUCCGCAAGCACCUCACGCGCGUGCACGCCCUGUACGGCAAGCCCGUCUACGUGACGGAGAACGGGUGCCCGUGCCCCGGCGAGGACGAGAUGACGCGCGACGAGGCCGUCGACGACCCCUUCCGGAUCCGCUACUUUGACACGCACCUCGACGCCGUCUGCAAGUCCGUCAAGGAGGACGGCGCCGAUAUCAAGGGAUACUUUGCGUGGUCCCUGUUGGACAACUUGGAAUGGUCAGACGGCUACGGGCCUCGCUUCGGCGUCACCUUCACCGACUACGACACUUUGGAGCGGACGCCCAAGAAGUCUGCGCUACUGCUGAAGAGCAUGUUUGCCCAACGGCAGGGCAUCGAGGUAGUUGGGUGAGAUUUGAUGAUGAUCAGAGCAUCAGAUGGGUAUUGGUAAACGAAGAGAACAUUAUAGACAUUGUUUGCUCACGUAACACGCAUGUAAAAUACACACAAAAAUUCCCAUCGCUACAUGCUCCGCUAUGCUCCGCUAUCUCGUACAAAUUUCCUUCUGAAACCAUUCGCU